ACAAACGCCGUCUUUCAUGUGUGAAAUAAACCUGGGUGCCAGAUUAUACAUUUGGAAAUCUACUAGCGUAUUGAUGUGUGUGACCUCGGUUUGAUUAAAGCGACAGCCAACACUCAAAAGCAAAAGGCCUCGUUUUCUGCAGCCAAGCCAUCAGACUCAAGGUCCUGUUGCACGGUAGGUGGCAGUAAUGCUGAUGAAACAGUGGUUGGAGCCGCCCGUCAGAGACAAGCAGCAGCAGAAGCAGCAGCAGGUUUAAAGCUGGCUGCAGGCGGAGCGCAGGAAGACUUCUCAGUGGAAGCUCACGCAGCCGGACAUUAGACCGAAAUGGCGGCGCCAGCAGAGAGGAUGGAGGUUUCUCAGGGGGAGAGCUCAGCCAAGCCUGCAGCUGAAGAUAUGACGUCAAAGGACUACUACUUCGACUCAUAUGCCCACUUUGGCAUCCACGAGGAGAUGUUGAAAGAUGAGGUUCGGACCCUCACCUACCGCAACUCCAUGUUCCACAACAAGCAUCUGUUUAAAGACAAGGUGGUGCUGGACGUGGGCAGCGGGACAGGAAUUCUUUGCAUGUUUGCUGCCAAAGCCGGAGCCAAGAAAGUUAUAGGGAUUGAGUGCAGCAGCAUCUCUGACUACGCUGUCAAAAUCGUCAAGGCCAACAAGAUGGAUGAUGUUGUGACCAUCAUCAAGGGGAAGGUGGAGGAGGUGGAUCUGCCAGUGGAGGGAGUGGACAUCAUCAUAUCAGAGUGGAUGGGCUACUGCCUCUUCUAUGAGUCCAUGCUCAACACAGUCAUUUAUGCUCGGGACAAAUGGCUGAAGCCAGAUGGACUGAUCUUUCCAGACAGGGCGACCCUUUAUGUCACUGCCAUCGAAGACAGGCAGUACAAGGACUACAAAAUCCACUGGUGGGAGAAUGUGUAUGGAUUUGAUAUGUCAUGCAUCAAGGAGGUGGCAAUUAAGGAACCUCUGGUGGAUGUGGUGGAUCCUAAACAGCUGGUCAGCAGUGCCUGUCUCAUCAAGGAGGUGGACAUCUACACAGUGAAGCUAGAGGACCUGACUUUCACCUCACCGUUCUGCCUGCAGAUAAAGAGGAAUGACUACAUCCAUGCUCUAGUCACCUACUUCAACAUCGAGUUCACCCGCUGUCACAAGAGGACCGGCUUCUCCACCAGCCCAGAAUCUCCCUACACCCACUGGAAGCAAACUGUCUUCUACCUGGAUGAUUACCUGACUGUGAAGACUGGUGAAGAAAUCUUUGGCACCAUCAGCAUGAAGCCCAACGUGAAGAACAAUAGGGACCUGGACUUCACCGUAGACAUCGACUUCAAGGGUCAGCUGUGUGAGGUGUCCAAGACGUCAGAGUACAGGAUGCGUUAGAGGCCUCCGUCUCCCUCCCUGUGUUAGUUUGUCUUUAGUCGGGGACAGAUUAUACAGUUUGCCUGGGAGUCUAUACACAAGUUUAAUACUCCCCUGCAGCGACAUUUUAAAGUCAACUUUUUUCUUUUUUUUGUCAUUAUUCAAACGUUAACAGUAUUUAAAAAGUUUUCACAUCCUUGAAUUGGUGUGGUGAGUCAUUGUGCAGUAGUCACUCAACAAAAUGUGUUUGUGUCCAAUGUCCUCUUGGGUUUUGCUUUUUUGGGUUCUUGUUCUUAUUUGCAUGUGCAAGAUCCAUAUAGACACAAACACAGCGGUCCUGCUGACAUGUCUGCAUAGUGUUACUGUUCAGUCACUUAGGCCCUCUCUAUGGUCAUAACAUGACCCCUCUACUCAUCUGUCCUCUUCUUUGUAAUUCUGUUGAAGCUGUAGGCGUGUGGGUUCAGUUUUGUAAACUCCAGAAGCCCUGCCCUCCACCUCUGUACCAGUGAAUAGAAACCAUAUGUAACUGACAAGAAAGCUGUCCUGCAGAUGUCCUCUCUAGAACCCGGCUUAGGUCCCGCUCACACUAAAAUAGCCAUGUAUUUAUGAAAAUUGUUAAUACAAGUGGUCUGUGGUGGUGCAGAUGCUGGGUUCCAGUUUCCUAAAGACUGAGAUACAGCAGAUGAUACUUUGAGUUUAUUAAAGCAGCAGCUCCAUACUUGUGACUCAGUGGAAAUAAUGCACGGUACACACUACACGGUUUUGUGCCAGGAAUGUGUUUGCUGAAUAUCAGACUGCUGCAAACAAAAACCCCAUUAAGUUUUUAUUUAAAAUGGCUCUUAAUACAAAGUAAACCUAAACUAAUGAGCUGUGUUUAGUCGCCACCCAAACAAAGGCCACAAAUGGUAAGGUCUGAAAUAAUCAUGAAUAUUCAUCAUUGAUUGUAAUUGAUGGAUAUUGCAGAAUUGGAGUUCUAUCUGUCGAUCUUGAAAAUCACUGUUGGCAUCAUUGCAACAGAAUGCUUGUUACUACACCUCAAAGGUCCCAUAAUGGUGACUGUAGAUAAUAUUAAAUUUGACUUGCUGCAGGUGCUCUGGCCAUGAGAUGCUGCAUGCAUGCAGACAGCACACACUCUGAAGUUGAUUCCAUAACCAGAGCUGUGCUGCUGUUAAUUGGGCCGGCCUCAUGUGUGACAGCCAGGCUGCACUCCAUUGUGCGCCAGCUGUCUGUUUUUCUUUUCAUCAGGUCACACCAUUUUUAAGAACCAAACUUCAGCAUCCUAACUGUAUCUUCAGUGUUUUUGUAACGUGUUAAAGAGUAAUUACUGCUGGACCUGAAGGAGAAAAAAAAAAAAAGAUGUGAUGGGACCAGAUCCUGAGGCCAGGUUCCAGCUGGCUCCACACCUGUCAGGUGUCCCGGAGCCCAUGUGUGUGUGAUUGUGUGUGUGUGUCUGAGGCUGCUUGAUUAAUCUGAACAGUAGUAACCAUGUUGUCACAGUGCAGACAGUUCUGAACUUAUCACAGUUGAUUUUUCCUCUUUUAUAUUUUGUUUUUGUCUGCUGUUUUUUUUGUUUUUGUUUUUUUUAAUAAAACUAAUAAACUGUAAAAGAAA